AUGGAAGCAGUCCGCUACCACGGUCGCGGUGACAUCCGGGUUGAAACACUCGACGAACCUGUCUGCGGCAAGGGGCAAGUAAAGGUCCGACCAGCCUUCGUCGGACUCUGCGGCAGCGACAUCCAUGAAUACAGCGGCGGUCCUGUACUAGUACCCCAAAAUCCCCAUAACAUAACCGGGAGCUCAUGCCCCGUAACGCUCGGCCACGAAUUCAGCGGCAUCGUCGAUGAAGUCGGCGAAGGCGUAACUCAUGUAUCCCCCGGCCAACGAGUAGUCGUACGCCCAACCAUCUUCGACCGAACAUGCACAGCCUGCAAACGUGGCUACGAGUACUGCUGCGAGAAUAUUGGAUUCAUUGGACUUUCGGGUUACGGCGGCGGACUGGCGAAGUACCAUGUCGCGCCUGCAGAACACUUCUACCCGAUUCCGGAUAAUGUCUCGCUUGAGGCUGCGGCGUUGAUUGAGCCGAUGGCCGUUGCUUGGCAUGCUGUUAAUAUGUCGCCGUUUAAGAUGGGGGAUAAUGUUAUGGUGGUAGGGGGUGGGCCGGUUGGGAUCGGCAUUGUGCAGGUGCUGAAGUUACAGGGUGCUAAUAAUAUUAUGGUGUCGGAGUUAUAUGAGAAGCGCAGGAGGUUUGCGGUUGAGUACGGGGCUACGCAUGCCUUUGAUCCUGCGCGGGAGGAUGUGACGCAGAGGGUUAUAGAUGUCACAGAUGGGGUGGGUGCAGAUGUUAUCUUUGAUGCUGCGGGGGUGGAAAAUGCAUUGGAUGGGGCUAUCGGUGCGUGCCGCACGCAUGGUACGAUUGUCAAUGUUGCUGUGUGGGAAAAGAAACCUGCGGUGCGGGUGAACGAUUUGAUGUACAAUGAGGUCAAUUAUACGGGGUCGGCGCUGUAUGAUGAAGGGUCAUUUGAAGCUGUUAUCAAGGCCCUUGGAUAUGGUCAGUUGAAACCGGAAAAGAUGAUUACAUCGAAGAUCAAGUUGAGUGAAACGGUGGAAAGGGGGUUCGAGACCCUGGCUAAUGACCGAGAGGACCACUGCAAGAUCCUGAUCGAUGUGCAGGCAUCAUGA